GAAGAAGAAGAAGAAGAAGAAGAGUUGUGCGAGAUGAUUGAAAAAAAUUAGGAGAAAGAAGAAUUCUGAGGAGAAAAAUCGUGUCAGAAAUAUCCCAAACAGAAAGAUUUAAAGAAAAAAAAGGAACACAUGGACAUCCACACUGGAGAGAAGCGGCACACAUGUGAUCAGUGCGGGAAAACAUUUUUGUGGGCUUCAGUCCUGAAGAAACACCUGGUAGUUCAUACAAAGGAGAAGCCACAUUCAUGUCAUUUGUGUGGAAAAAGUUUUUCACGUCUACAAAGUUUGAAAGAACAUCAGAAAAUACAUACUGGUGUGAGUGAGUACAUGUGCAUUGAUUGUGGGAAGACUUUUACUUCAGCGGCCGGUUUAAAAAAGCACCAGAGGAUUCACACUGGAGAGAAACCUUACAAGUGUUCACACUGUGACAAGAGAUUCAUUCAGUCAGGAACACUGAAAAGACAUGAGAUGAUCCACACUGGAGAGAAACCGUACGCAUGUGAUCAGUGCGGCAAAACAUUUUUGAGAGAUUCAGUCCUGAAACAGCACCUGGUAGUUCAUACAAAGGAGAAGCCACAUUCAUGUAAUUUGUGUGGAAAUAGGUUUUCACAUCGACAAAGUUUGAAAGAACAUGAGAAAAUACAUACUGGUGUGAGAGAGUACAUGUGCUUUGAGUGUGAGAAGACUUUUACUUCAACAAAGUGUUUAAAACUGCACGAGAGGAUUCACACUGGAGAGAAACCUUAUAAAUGUUCACACUGUGACAAGAGAUUCAUUCAGUCAGGAACACUGAAAACACACGAGAUGAUCCACAAUGGAGAGAAACCGCACACAUGUGAUCAGUGCGGGAAGAGUUUCACACUAAAAACAAACCUUACAGACCAUAUGAGAGUUCAUACUGGAGAGAAACCAUUCACCUGUGAUCAGUGCGGGAAGAGUUUCUCAUACUCAUCAGCCCUUAAGGUACACAUGGACAUCCACACUGGAGAGAAACCGUACACAUGUGAUCAAUGUGACAAAACAUUUUUGAGAGCUUCAUACCUGAAGCAGCACCUGACAGUUCAUACAAAGGAGAAGCCACAUUCAUGUCAUUUGUGUGGAAAGAGUUUUUCGCGUCCAGAACAUUUAAAAGUGCAUCAGAAAGUACAUACUGGUGUGAGAGAGUACAUGUGCUUUGAGUGUGAGAAGACUUUUACUUCAGCGAGCAGUUUAAAACUGCAUGAGAGGAUUCACACUGGAGAGAAACCUUAUAAGUGUUCACACUGUGACAAGAGAUUCAGAGAUUCAGGACAACUGAAACUGCACGAGAGGAUCCACACUGGAGAGAAACCGUACAAGUGUUCACACUGUGACGAGAGAUUCAGUCAGUUAGGAAAUAUGAAAACACACGAGAGGAUCCACACUGGAGAGAAACCGUACAAGUGUUCACACUGUGACGAGAGAUUCAGUCAGUUAGGAAAUAUGAAAACACACGAGAGGAUCCACACUGGAGAGAAACCGUACAAGUGUUCACACUGUGACGAGAGAUUCAGUCAGUUAGGAAAUAUGAAAACACACGAGAGGAUCCACACUGGAGAGAAACCGUACAAGUGUUCACACUGUGACGAGAGAUUCAGUCAGUUAGGAAAUAUGAAAACACACGAGAGGAUCCACACUGGAGAGAAACCGUAUCACUGCACUGCAUGUGGGAAGUGUUUCAGUCGUUCAUCUUCUCUACUCAGUCAUACAAAAAACUAUCACAGUAAGUAGAUCAUCUUCAGAUCCAGCACUUUCAGAUCUGAUGCUGCAUUCUCACCAAAUGUGACACAAUAAUGCAUCGAGCAAUAAAAUAUCAUCUGGAUAAAUCUGUCAUUACAAGUGACAUGACAAAGAAAUGGUAUCUAAAGUUGAAUAAAGUUCAUCUUCAUCUUCAAAACCAGCUGAUUUAACUGAAAUUCAGAUCAACUCAAAGAUGUAGUUUCUCCCCAAAGAACAAUGUCCAAAGGUUUUAUUCCUGUAUAUCGUUUUGCUUCAUGAUAUAUCAUUGUGCUUUCUUAUGGGUUUCAUAUUAUCUUCAAUUGUUUCAUACUAUGUUCAAUAUAUUUAAUAAGCAGGAUUGUAAGAAUAAUAACACCAAUAAAACCUUACCGAUACCCAUC